UUCGUAAGUUGAGAGGCCAUAGAUAAUUCUGGAAAGAAGUCUGAGUAAUAAAUCUUCUCUGUUGUCAGGUCCUUUUAGUCAUCCAUUCAUUCAUUUAAUGGUGAAAUCUCAGAGCGAAUCUCUAUUUUGCCUCUCGAAAGGAAGUAGAAGCAAUGGUUCUAGUAUUUUGGUUGUGAUUCCAUUGGUUAGAAACAUUCUGUGUGCAAUAGUUCUAAAAAUGUAAUGUUUUUCUCUAAGAAUGAAGCACUAGAUUCUUAACACGGGCAUAGUGGCUUUUUCUAGUAGGACCUGCAGAACAGCUUUCUGUUUGAAGACAAAUACCUGCUUUUUUACAUGUACUUUAUAGCUCUCCUGAGAUUUCCAUGCCCAUUUUUUCUGUAAUCUCAAAGAGGCCGUCAGGCUAUUUACUUUUUACUCAGGUACAUACAAACAAGCCCCAGACCAUCUCAUUAUCAGGCUAUGUUAGGCACUGCAGCGCAACUGAUGAUGCAGCUGAAAACAGAAGGCGUGCUGUAAGACAAUUUGAAACACAGCCAUACAGGGUUUUAUGUAGGAGACAUGCUUUUCUUGCUCUAGACCUAGCAUUUAACAGUAACCAAAUGUCAAGUGAGUGCCUUUACAAAGUGCCUGCCAGCUCCUGGGACCCACCCUGUGAGGGAGCAAGCUACCUGCCUUGCACAGCACCUGUGGGUGCUCUGGUGCAGCUGCUUCAAGUAGGAGCCCUGGUUUCCUGUGGGUUGAGAUGGAGGAGCAGGGUGGGCAGCAGCCACUGCUGCUUUUCUCCUUCUGCAGGCCUCAAGGCAUGAGUGAGUGGGAAUUUUCCCUUGGUGCUGUGGCAGUUAUUUCUACAAAUGCUUUAAUGGAACAGCUGUAUCUAAAAUAUCAACAAAGACCAUGGACUGAAACUCUGAAACUUGUCCAUUUUUGCAUGGAUAAGCCACGUCCAUCUCCUGCCAGUAAUGCUCCAGAUGCUCCGCUGCUCUCAUGCAUGGAGAAGUUGCAGAGGACUCUGAAUGAUAAAUCUUUGUUUUCUGUGAUGAACAGAUUGGAAUCUUUAGCCAAACAGAAAGGGCUUAACUCUCAUGUUAGCCCCAGUGGGACUGCCUGCUACAUAACCUCAGACAUGUUUUAUAUAGAAGUACAGCUGGAGAAGGAUGGAAGGGUGAUGGAUGUAAAGCUGGCUCACCUUGGAGAGGCUCCUGUGAUCUGUGAUGACUUGGUGCAGCACCUAAGGAUGAAGAACUAUGACGCAUUUGGAAAGAUUCUAGAAGACCUGUCAAAUCUGUAUCAAAUUCCAGGAAACAGUGAAAUGAAAGCUAAGGGUUACCUUGCAUUGCAAUCCCUUGAAAAAGAUCUUUAUUCAAUGUCUCUUCUACACAGAUCACAGGAUGUAAACAGAGUUACUGAAGUACUUCAUGGAAAAGUAGGACACCUGGUGCCAAGAACUGGAGGAACUCCUAUGAACAUCGAAUUUUACAUUUCUCCAUAUCAAAUUUUGGAAGCAGAGCUCAAUCCUGGUUCUCUGGUGUGUGGAACAAAAGCAGUUGUAACUGUUGAAGGCACAGAUGUGCUCCACAAGCUUCCUCUUUCUCCACUGGUUGUAGACUCUCAAGCUGGAGAAGAUGGCAACCCUACUUUUUUGCCACUGACCAAUGAACUCAGCAUGGAUUUGUCAGCUUAUUUUUUGUUGAAGUUUCAUCAGCCUAUUCCUCUGUCCUUAUCCAGUAUUGAAGAGAUACAGAUGCUCACAGGAAUUCAGAUUACUGCCUUGAAACUAGCUCCUUUGUAUGAGCUGAUUAUUCAAUCUGCCCUUAAAGAAAAAGGCAGAGAAGAUUUGUCUACACACAACUCCUGUUUCAUUGUGUCUCUUCCAGAUUGCCCAAAGCACUGUUAUUUCAUAAACAAGGGCCCCGAAAAAUCAAAUUUAGCAGGAGCCUUGCUGAGUAAAAUCCCAUUUACCCACCCCAAGUGUGUGCCUGCUGUGAUAGAGAUUCUUCGACAUCAGGUGGCAUAUAACAGUCUUAUUAGCAGCUGUGUCUCUGACAAGUGUCUAAGUGAAGAUGAUUCAGAACUGCUUUACUUUGAAGUGACACCACACAAGAACACCAGCUUUUCUGUCUUCUUCAUUCAUCCGACGAGAGAGAAUUUAGCCUGUGUGACUAUUGAUGUUGUAACCUCCAGAGAAGUCCAAUGCAGCCUUCAUUUACAUCCCGAAGAUCCAACUCUAAAUUCUAGUGAUGGCUUUAUAUCGAGAUCUGUGAAGUGCUGCAUGUCAGUCCCAGUUGUCAUGAGAGCUAUUUUCAGGAAUGCUGCCAAGGUGGGAGCUGAUAGUGAAACACAUGGCACAGAAGUAGACACAAAACAAAAACCUGAACUGCAGCGUGAGCAAAUUACUGAUUCUAAUAGUCUUGAAGAAAGACCUUCUGUAGCUGGACAGGAAGAUCUGGUUAAGACAAAUAUGGAAAGUGUUCCAGACAGCCCAGAACAAACACUCUCUACAGCCAAACUGGAAACUCUGGGUGAUGAGAUGGAAAAAAGUAACACUACAGUCAGCACAGAAACUUUGUCCGGAGUGGGAGGAAGUGAUUCCACAGCUAGCACAGAAGCUGCAAGGAAAGAUAAGUGAAAUGCAUCACAA